CAGCGCUCCAUGCACUAACAAACACCCGCUCACGCACCCGAAACCAGGUUGGAACGGGGCUCCGAUUGCAGAAGCUCAACCUUUUCUGUAUCUACAAUACAGUAAAAUGCCAUACCGGCUCCAACAUUUAUUAAUCAGAACUGCCUACACUGCAGCACCCGGGUGAGCUUAGCAGAGGUGGAGCGGCUGGGCUAGAGCGUCACUGGUGUCUCCGACGCACCUCCCCGACACGGAAGAGGAGGGAGAAGGAGACUCCACGUCACUGAGGUGCAUUCGCUGCAAAAUAUAUUAGUGGACCUUUAAAUUCAACGCAUUGCCGCCUGUGCUAGUAUAAAGGGAUAUUUUUAAUUUUCUUCGUGUCCUCAUCCCUCCGAUACACCAGGGCUUUGGAUUACCUUACUUUCAGGAUAUCCGCGUACAUUUGAUCUACUGUUGACAUCUAAAGAGGAAAACCAAAGGAUUUGUGUCUUGGAAAGAUUUUUUCUCUGCUGCUUUGUGAAAGUCCUACUUAAUGCUCUGAUGGGAGACUCCGGAACAAGACGCUCAACUCUAGUCUCCAGAUUGCCAAUAUUCAGAAGAAGUACAGGCAAGAGGCAGGAAUCCUUGCCAUCUUCUCCCUCCUCUGGCAAUGCAAAUGGUGUUCAUACUUCCUCUUCCCCUUCCAGCACUAACUCCAGUUCUAGCAGCACCAGUAAACGCAGAAGCAUAUUCAGAACUCCAUCUAUUGGUUUCCACAGCAAAAAGAGCAUCGAACACAAGCUUGACACUGCUGAACCUGUGGAUCUCUGUUUAUCUAAUGGUAGUCAGUCUUCAGCUUCUGGGUUGGAGAAAGGAGAUUCAGAAGAUGGUGUUAAGUACAAAACAAGGCAUUCAUUUGGCUUUGGAGGUCACAGAGGUAAAAAAAUCACCAGGUCUCAAACUGAAGAUUUUGAAAGGGGAAAGGAACAGUCUAUCAAUAGGAAUGUAUUCAUCAACUGCAUCAGUUCAGGAACGAAUGAAGGAGAUGAUUCUGGUUUUUUGGAUGAUUAUAGUAAGAGAGCAUCAAAACACUCCAGCAAAAAGCUGCUGCUACCCAAGUCAUUUUCAUCACACUACAGGCUUUCGAAACAGAGUCACUCAUUAUGUACAGUGAGCCACCCAAGAGAGUCCUUUAAAGUGUCAAUGAACAGUGAGCAUGCUAACUUGCAGACUCCUGGUUCAUGUCCCAGUGAAACCCCUGAAACCUCUCUGCCAUCCCCUCUGUUUUCAUCAGAUCACACCACUGCACAUACACCUUCUGAAUUUAUUCCCAUAACUGAAGACACUGUCUCAGAAGCAGAUAUAUUAUUAAAGUGUAGCCCUGUAGUGUCCCAUCAUGAUAUUGCUACCUCAGAUGUUUCGGAAAACCAAGCCACAUCUACAGCAGAAUCAAACCCUUUGCUGUGCAAAGACAGCAUUCAGCAAACACUCACAAGCACUUUGAAUACAGAAAGCACUAAAACUGUAUUCAAGAAACAAUCCCUUGAACUCCAUGUUUCUGAAGAAUGCACUGAAAAUGAGAAAAUAUCAAAAAACACAGAAAGAAUUGUAGACUCUGGGCAGAUUUUGGAUCUUCCACAGAUCACUAACAGUGCUUACUGUAGUAGAGCUGCUCAUGUUGUGGUUGAUACAGACUCUGAGAGGACAUUCAGAAAAGAGGUUUCACAAGCAUCUGUAAUUGUAAAGCCUGACAUAAGGCAGUGCUUUCCAAGAAGUUCGCACACAGUAGGUGCUGUAAGUAGUCCCUUUCGUGAAAUUAUUCGGACAGAGAGACGUUUAAGGUCCUCAUCAGAAGGUACUGCUGGAAGCUCCAGGCUGCAUCUCAAUUUAAAAGAAAUGUAUACUGGAGAACUUGGUAGUCUUAAAAAGCAAAGAACCAGCUCCUCAUCGUCUAAACUGGACAGCCUGGAUGUCCUAAAUAACCUUGGCUCCUGUGAGCUUGAUGAAGAUGACCUCAUGUUAGAUUUGGAUUUUCCGGAAGAUCAACGUCAUCGCUUUGUUUGCCGUGAGGAUUCAAGCCAGUCAAUUUCCUCAUGUUUGGCAGUAAUGCAUUCACCAAUGGAGAAAAUAAAUGAUAAGAUUCCAGCCAAGGAAGUGAAAGCCAUAGAUACUUCAAACAGCAGAGCCAUUACAGUCCCACCUCUGAAGGACCCAUGUUUGGGUGAAAGGAGGCCAGCUACAAGUUGUCUUUCUGGUGUACCUGAAGCAGAAUGCCAUUCUCAAAGAGAAGAUGAACUUGUAGGUUUAGAAGCCAUGCCCUUCAGGUUGAUGAUGCAAGACUGUACAUCUGUGAAAACGUUAUUACUGAGAUUAAAGCGAAUGCUCCAAGAGAGUGCAGAUAUGAGUCCUGCAAGCAGUAUCCAUUCUCUUCCAGUCAGCCCAAGUACUGAGAAACCAUUGCCAUUCACUUUGAAGGAUUUAACAAAGGAGGAAGGUACCCCAUUGAUGCUGCAGCUCAAGGAAAAGGAUGAUAUAAUUUUGAAACUACAAGAUGAACUGGAGAAAGCAAAAAAUGUGCAGAAUCCUCUGUUAUUGAGAGUGGAUAAAUCAACGCAGACUGAAAUCAUCUGCCAUGAUCUCAUGUAAUCAUUACCCUCGUCUGAAGGAAAUCCCAGUUUCCAGGCUACAUAUCCAAACAAGUCUAUGAGCAAAAAUCUCAACACAAAGGACAGAAGGUUAGCACAUACUCCUAUCGAGGACCAGUAUAACGGCCCUUCUUUUGACAGAACAGUUGCCUGUGAGAGGAAAAGCUGCCAAGUUUCUGGUUUAUUUGUUUUUAAAGAAAAAGAAGCCUGUCCAGCAGUCCAGCAAAAGACUGACAAAUCAAGCUGCAGUUUUACCCCUGCCAUCAAAGGUAGCACAUCAGAUACGGGCACGAUCUGCCAGAAGACACCUAGCCCAGUAGUUGAUAUAGAACAUUAUCCAAAAGAUUCUUCCCAUCAGCAUGAGAGAUCAGUCAUGUCUAGGCAGCAUACAAUUUUUAUGGGUAGGCUUGGGCAGCCUCCAAGGGGACCCCUCUCAUUGCACAUGUACAGCAGGAAGAAUGUUUUUCUUCAACACACUUUACAGACUGCAGAUCUACCAACAUUCAGUCAACAGGAUGUAUAAAUGGCUACAGCAUUAAAUGCUUCCUUGAUGUCACUAACAUAAAUGAAGACAACUGGAAAAACUGAAUUAGGGCAUGUGGCACAUGCUUCUUUGUAGAAAUUUCUAUAUCUUAAAACGUUGCUGUUUAGAAAAAAUCAUCCUGACAGGCCAUUUUUCUCUAAAAGAUUAUCCAACACAACAACAAACCAUAUAUCUGUUUAUAAAAAUGAUAAAGAAAACAACGUGCAAAUGCACCUGUUGUUGACAACAAAUAGAAAUGGUCCUUGUUAAGGAGUUCAGGUUUCAUUGUCACCUUCUAAUAGUUGUGUGAACUAUUACAUAAUGACUAUCAUUUUUAAGUCCACAGGGAUAUAAGGCAUACAAUUCACUAAAAGCCUGUUAAAACCCUUAGCACCUUGAUUUUAAGUAAAUGGUUAAUAUGUAAAAAAAAUACUCAAAAAAAUCAAAUUUAUCUUUCACACUGAUUAUUAAAAUGUUUACAUGUCAGUGUAUCUAUGCAGCAUGGAAACACACACAACCAUUUCUUACAGGGCAUAUUUUCUAAUUGUAACAUGAUCACCAGCUAAAGAUCUGCCAAAAUUUGAACUGUUUUUCCCUGCCAUUACUGUUUCUUCUAUCACAGCCCUUGUGUGGUAACUGUACAUAUAUCAGCUGUGAUGAGAAAAUAAAAUGUAAUGGCAAAAGUGCUGCUAUUAUUGGCCUUUUAAGAUGAUGAACACUUUAACCCCUUUGUCAACUGAAAAUGGGGUUUUAAGUAAAUUAGCUUUUAAGUAAAGAACUAUUUAAAUAGACAUAGGAUUAAAUAUAAGGAUAUAAUCAUUCUUAUCAUAUGUACAUUUUGAUACCAAUUUCUGCAGUACAAAAUGUGAUUUAUAAGAGAACAAAUGACUAUUCUUGUACAUGUUUUAAAACAUUUUUAGGUUUUUUUAUACAGAAAAUGUGUACAGAUAGUUUAAGUAUAGCAACAUUGUGCAUUAAUUAUUUGCUUGAAAUCAAAAACUUGUAAAUAUAAAGGGUUAAUUAGUAUUGCAUUUUACCCACCAAAAUCAUAAUUCAAUUUUAUUGUUCUAAUCGUCACUAUUCUGAUCCUAAAUGCAACUAUGUCUGAAAAAUAGUCCAAUGUGUCUUUCUGAAGGGCAUGCUAAGGUGAUGGAAACCGUCAAAUAUAAAUUCUAUCCCUCGGGCCCUUUGUUCCAGUUUUCAUACAGCAGGAAAACUUGAAUUUUUCAAAUAAUGUUACAGUUUACAAUGUUUAAAAAGUGCUCCAAAAUGUCUGUACAGUCAGUCAUGUUAACAUAUUUAGCAGAUGACUUUACUCACC